AUGGGGAUCGCUACCGAGGAAGAUCCCAAAGAGAUGAAGAACCACCAAAACUCCGUGGAUGAAAUGGAGAUGAAGGUGGUCAGGUUUUCGCGGGGGAAGGCUGCUAACUUGUCGGCUCUGCGUGAUAAGAAAUUGAAAGGGCAGCUCACCGGAAAAGAGAAGCUAAUCGGAAUAUCUGCCAAAGCUGCUGCGCAGGCUGAAAAGGAUUUACAUGUUAAGUGUGAUAUGGUUUUAUCUGGUGUUCUUCCCAAAGAGUGGUUUUUACCUAUCGAGGGGGGGUACUUGGAGCCUGAAGGUUUGGAGAAGACAUAUAGAUAUACGCAGGAACAGAUUCGUGGUGAUGUCGACAUUUCGAGUAAAAGAAAACCAUUUGAUAUGAUCUUACCUGAACUUGGUCCUUAUACUCUAGAAUACACCUCAAAUGGUCGGUACAUGAUCGUAGGUGGGAGAAAAGGUCAUAUUGGUAUGAUGGAUAUGUUGAGUAUGAAUCUCAUCAAGGAGUUUCAGGUGAGGGAAACUGUGCGCGAUGUGGCAUUCUUACACAAUGAGCAACUCUUUGCAGUCGCCCAGAAGAAGUACCCCUACAUAUACAAUCAUCAUGGCACAGAAAUUCACUGUUUGAAGGAACAUGGCAAAGCGCUGAAACUUCAGUUUCUGGAUAAACACUUCCUCUUGGCAUCGAUAAACAGCUUUGGGCAGCUCCACUACCAAGAUAUGAGCACCGGCGAGAUGAUUGCAAAUCACAGGACAGGUCUUGGGCAUACAGAUGUUAUGCGGGUAAAUCCGUACAACGCUGUCAUCGGCCUUGGGCAUGCUGAUGGCAAAGUUACCAUGUGGAAGCCAACCAGCGUGAAGCCACUUGUCACAAUGCUGUGCCAUAAUGGCCAUGUGACUGCUGUUGCAUUCGAGAGGGGUGGUCAUCUUAUGGCAACUGCAGGUCUUGACAAGAAGAUUAAGAUUUGGGAUCUCAGGAAGUAUGAGGUUGUGCAUACACACGCUGCACGAGCUGAGUCCUUGGAUUUCAGCCAGAAGGGGUUGUUGGCCGCCAGUGAUGGAUCUCUAGUUGAGAUAUACAGGGAUGCUGGGGGCCAUGAUUAUAAAGUUUAUUUGAAGCAUAGGAUGGUAAAGGGAUAUCAGGUCGGUAAGGUUUUGUUCCGCCCUUACGAGGAUAUCUGUUCGAUUGGGCACUCCACGGGGUUUUCUUCCAUUCUCGUUCCUGGAUCAGGCGAGGCCAACUUUGAUACCUUUGUUGAGAACCCUGUGGAGACUGCCAAGCAAAGGAGGGAGAGGGAGGUGCAUGCUCUCCUCAAUAAGCUUCAGCCGGAGACUGUGAUGCUUAACCCAAAUAUGAUCGGUAACGUGAGACAGCCAAAGAAGAAAGAGAAGAAGACGAAAAAAGAAGUCGAGGAGGAGAUUGAAGAUGCGGUGGAGGCCGCCAAGAGCACGAAGGUGAAGAAUAAGACCAAGGGCAGGAGCAAACCCAGCAAGCGGGCCAAGAAGAAGGAAGAAGAGGUCCUCAGAGCCAAGAGGCCUCUACUGGACCAGUACAAUGAAAUCGGUGGGCAUCCCGACAAGAAACAGCGGGUCGGCGACAAGGCCGAGCUGCCAAAGGCCCUGCAGCGGUUUGCCAAGAACAAGCAAUCAUGA